AUGACCUAUGCACGACGCUCGGCCAAACGCGGUUGUUCCUGGCCCUGGUGGGCCUUGGCCUCUGUCGCGGUGCUGUGCAUGGCGGCGAUUUCUAUCCGGAUGCUCAGCAUCGCGGGCUUCUUCGAGCAACGGCCGGUCACGUCCAUCCGUCUCCGAGCUCCUCUGCGGGAGGAGAUGAUAGGACCGGCACCGCCUGUUCGGAAUCUGGCGCCAUCGACACCGCCGACUGCGGAGGUCGUCGAGUUGUCAGAGGGCAAGGCUGCCUCUAGCGAUGUCCUUGGGAAUCUUGCGCCGGCCUCGGUCGUCACCCGCAAAGCGCCGGGCAAGGACUGGCUGAAAGACCGGUGGCAAGCAGCGAAGAAUAUGCAGGGGUCGCCGAUUCCAGGUGAGCAUUGGCUAUGCAUCGACCUCGGUAAUGAGAGGUCGCAGCUGAGCAUCGUGGAGUUAGACUUCGAAGCCGCUUUUGCAAAGUCCUACGUCUUGGAGACGGCGAGCAGCAAAGAGGGACCCUGGCAUCCCCUGGCAGAGGUGGAGUCAUGUUGCACCAAGAACCUGAAGGUGAACACGACUGGGCAGCACGUGGUGCACAAGCUUUCCACGUCGGAGCCCUGGCGAGCGAGGCGAUUCGUCCGGGCUCGCUUCACAAAGCUGGGCACCAAUUGGGGUGUGUCCGUUUUCCGUUUCCGCCUCUUUGGUAGCACUCGCGAUGACCGACAGAUAGAGAAGUGA